UCCGAUUUGGGCACGUGAGGCCCGCGAUCCCCGGCGGUGGACGCCAGGCAGGGCAUGAAGACCCCCAACGCACAGGAAGCCGAAGGGCAACAAACCAGGGCAGCUGCAGGACGGGCCACUGGGUCUGCAAACAUGACAAAGAAAAAAGUCUCCCAAAAGAAGCAGAGAGGCAGACCUUCAUCCCAGCCCCGCAGGAACAUCGUGGGCUGCAGAAUUUCUCAUGGAUGGAAGGAAGGAGAUGAGCCCAUCACGCAGUGGAAAGGAACCGUUCUGGAUCAGGUGCCUAUAAAUCCCUCUCUUUAUCUGGUGAAAUAUGAUGGAAUUGACUGUGUCUAUGGACUGGAACUUCACAGAGAUGAAAGGGUUUUGUCUCUUAAAAUUCUUUCUGACAGGGUGGCAUCAUCUCACAUUAGUGAUGCCAACCUUGCAAACACCAUAAUUGGCAAAGCAGUGGAACACAUGUUUGAGGGAGAGCAUGGUUCUAAGGAUGAAUGGAGGGGGAUGGUCUUAGCUCAAGCACCUAUCAUGAAAGCCUGGUUUUAUAUUACCUAUGAGAAAGAUCCUGUCUUGUACAUGUACCAGCUUCUAGAUGAUUAUAAGGAAGGUGACCUCCGCAUCAUGCCAGAACCCAGUGAGUCUCCUCCAACAGAGAGGGAGCCAGGAGGAGUUGUAGAUGGCCUAAUAGGUAAGCAUGUGGAAUAUACCAAAGAAGAUGGCUCCAAAAGGAUCGGCAUGGUCAUUCGCCAAGUGGAAGCCAAACCCUCUGUGUAUUUCAUCAGGUUUGACGAUGAUUUCCGUAUCUAUGUCUACGAUUUGGUGAAAAAGUCCUAACUGUUAGGGUAAAAUUUGGCACAUGUGUGGAAACAAAUGUAUAAUUUGUAGACAUGCAAAAAAUGUUGCCUUUCAGUGUACUGAAAGCUUAUGGAAUCCCUGAUAACUAAACAUCUUUGCCAGCAUUAACUGUUGUUUUGCUCUAAAAA